ACAUACAACAAGACCAUUUGAUCUCGACAUAAAAUAAUGCAUUUUGUUGACUUCUACUUCCCAUAACAAACAUAGUCUUGGCACCAACACAACUCUUGACAAAUAAUACGUGAUUCUCAUCACCUCUACUUUACUCUCCAACAAUAACAAUAAUACACCCUCGUCUCCCUCAUUUCACUCUGCAACUUCCCCUGUUCAUCCUCCUCUGUUUCGGCUCGAUUCGAACCCGUUAUCAGAUCGUUUUCCGCCCCAAUUCAGGGAUUCUGCUGUCUUUUUCUCUUUUGAAUUUUGUGGGUUUUGAUUAGCUUUCAAUACUCGUUAUUAUAUCUAUCGUGUUAUCUUGGAGUGAAAGUUUGGGUUAAAUCUAGAUCACCGUUUACAUUUCUUGCAGAGAAAUUCGCCGGAAUCCGCAUUCUCCGGCGACAAGAUUUUCUUUUAUGGUCAAGAUUCUAUUGUUUUGGUCAAUUAAAGCUAAUUAAAUUAAAAAAUAUUCUUAUUAUAAAUUACAAGUCUUACCAUUUUCUUCUACUCUAGAUAUAAAGCAAACACACACAUACAUACACACUCUCUCUCUCUCUCUCUAUAUAUAUAUAUCUUUUUCUCUCUCUGAAUUGGAAAACAUCCCUUUGUGUUCAUCAUGAUUGCAUCCCUUUGUUGUUUAUGAGAGCUUUAUCUCCAUCUGUCCUUCUUUUUGGGGGUAUCCUCUGUUUUUACAGAGCAGGAGAGAGAAACAAAAACCUCUAAACAUAUCCUAUCUGUACUUACUUUCUCUCUCUAGAAAUGAGAUCAAUGAGAUCAUCAAACCUUCAAUGUUUUCUGGAUUCCACAACCCCUGUUGUUGCUUCUCAGUUUCUUUCAAAGAGUGAGAUUAUGAAUCUUAAUAGACUAUGGCAUCCAUGGGAUAGAGAGGUUGUUGAAUUCUUUACUUUGGGAGAUCUAUGGAGUUGUUUCGAUGAAUGGAGUGCUUAUGGAGCUGGAGUUCCGAUUAAGGCCGAUGGUGAAACUAUUGUUCAGUAUUAUGUUCCUUACCUCUCCGCGAUUCAAAUCUUUACAAGCAAUUCGUCGUUGAACUACCUACGGGAAGAGACGGAUUCUGAAACAAGGGAUUCGUCGAGUGAUACGUUUAGCGAGGAGAGUGAGAGUGAGAAGGUGUCGAGGUGGGACGGAUGCUCAUCUGAUGAUGGUGAGACGCCGAAUGAUCAUCGGUUGGGUCAACUUUACUUUCAAUACUUUGAUAAAUCAACUCCAUAUGGAAGAGUUCCCCUCGUGGAUAAGGUAUGCGCGUUGUCUAAAAAGUAUCCUGGACUCAUGUCGUUAAGAAGUGUCGAUCUUUCACCGGCUUCUUGGAUGGCGGUUGCUUGGUACCCAAUAUAUCACAUUCCCAUGGGAAGGACAAUAAAAGACUUGUCUACUUGUUUCUUGACAUACCAUACCCUCUCUUCAUCAUUUCAAGAUUUGGAUAUUGAAGACCAAAAUGGAUGCUCGAAUAGAAAGAGAAAACAAGGAGAAGGAAUCCGUCUUCCACCAUUCGGAUUGGCCACUUACAAGAUGCAAGGUGACAUUUGGAUGUCGGGUAAGGACCAAGAGAAGCUAGUUUCGCUAGUGAGUGUGGCCGAUUCGUGGUUGAGACAAUUGGGUGUCCAACAUCACGAUUUUAACCACUUUCUUGGCAAUCGUCGUAGUUGAAGUCUUAACUUAAUUUGACAUUCCACUCAAACCCAUGAGAGAGAGAUACAUGUACAAGUGAUCAUCAUCGUCAAGAUUUCUCCUUUUUGGUAUCCCUAGUGGGCUUUUACCGGUUUUGCCUUUGUUGACUUUCUUGUUCUUAGUUAUCAACUCUAAAUUUUACUCAAGUUUGGAAGGACCCUUUUCUGAUAUGAAUAUUUUGAUGUAUAUAAAUUGCUUUUGUGCUAAUUAUAGGUAAUAUAGUCCCAAAACAAAGAUAUUUGAAGGAAACCGGGAUA